GGUAUUUACAAGUUGUGCGGUACUUGUUAGUUUGAGGGCGUAAACAGACCAACUUCAUUUUGAAUGAUCGAAUAAGUAUUCCAAAUCAGUUUGACAAAUACCAAUGUGUCUGUAUGUUGACUGUAAUGACAGUUUAUUAUAAUCGAACAAUAGACUCAUAAACCGAAUCAAAAUAUUAGAUACUAGGAAAAAGAUUUGAUAUUAUAUAAACAAUGUCUUGUCGACCUCAGCUAAUUGGCAGAUCACCUUUGGGACAAUUGAAGUCUGAAGGAUUAUUAACAUCAGGAUGUAAAUAUCAUUCAUGUCAAGGAAAGCUAACCAUUCCAAAUAUUUGUCAAGAUUUGAAAUUUUCAACUGAAGAUCUUAUGGAUGAAGGAGAAAUUGGUCGAGGAGCAUAUGGAUUUGUUAAUCGUAUGGUUCAUAGACCUACGAAAACAGCUAUGGCAGUUAAGAGAAUACGUUCAACGUUAAAUGAACGUGAACAAAGAAAUACAUUGAAAGAUUUAGAUGUUGUUAUGAAUUCAGCAAAUUGUCCAAAUAUUGUUCUAUUUUAUGGUGCAAUAUUUACAGAAGGUGAUUGUUGGAUAUGCAUGGAAAUGAUGUCUACAUCAUUAGAUAAAUUUUAUAAAUUUGUUUAUAAUUAUUUACAAUCACGAAUCCCUGAAAGUAUUAUUGGGAAAAUUACUACAGCUACUGUUUCAGCACUUGAUUACUUGAAAACUGCUCUUAAAGUCAUUCACAGAGAUGUAAAACCAUCAAAUAUUCUGAUCGAUUGUAACGGUAAUGUGAAAUUAUGUGACUUUGGUAUAUCUGGUCAGUUGGUUGAUAGUAUUGCUCGGUCACGUGAUGCUGGUUGUAAACCGUAUAUGGCGCCAGAACGUAUUCAUCCAGAGUUAAGCGCUAAUGGUUAUGAUAUACGUUCAGAUGUAUGGAGUUUAGGCAUUACUUUGAUUGAAUUAUCCACUGGACAAUUUCCUUAUCCAUCAUGGAAUUCCGUAUUUGAACAACUCACUUGUGUAUUAGAUAAUGAUUCACCUAGUUUACCGGAAUACUUACCAAAAUCUAUUCAAACUUCAUCAUCAACUACAACACUUGUCAAUAUUGAAUAUUCCAAUAAUUCAAAUGAAUCUUAUUCAUCAUCAUCAUCAUCAUCAUCAACAAAAACAACAGAUUUUUCAUCUGAAUUUCGUAAUUUUGUUUCACAGUGUUUAGAGAAAGAUGUGAGAUGUCGACCGAAAUAUCAAGCACUUAUGCAUCAUCCAUUCUAUUUACGUUCAUUAAGUGAAUUUAUUGACGUUGGAAAAUAUUUUCAAUCGAUAUUAAAUAAAGUUCCUCCUCACAUGAAUAUGAAUGAAUUAAGUCAAACUCACAGUUGACAUUAUGCCCUAUCUACUUAUUUAUUUAUAUUAUCUAUGAAUAUCUCUUUGUUUUCGGAAAUAACACCAUGUAUCAUUCCAGUCACGUCGUAUGCUGUAUACAAGAGAUUUGACCGCGUAAAGUAAAAAUCCUUCUUCUGUUUUAAAUUUCCCGCUGUGCAAAUAUUUCAUUAUUAUUACUUUAGAUAAACACUAAAAUGAUUUAAAAAAAAGCAACCCACAAUCGUUUCUCAUAUGUGUAUACAUAACUUUGUUUCAUUUCCAUUUUGAUUAUUGCAAGUUAUCUGUGUGGGGAUACGUGUGUAUUGAGUUGAUUUGAGAGUGCUUAUACAUAAAAGUUUAUAUGGAGUGAAAUCAUUCUUUAUUUCUGAUUGCUUCCCUCAUUGUUUUUUUUCUAGAAAAAAAACAAACAAACAACCGGUUUCAUUUGUUUUCAUUGAAAACUUUUUCUUAUUGUAUAAAUUUAGAUAUUUAUUCAGAUAUUACUUAUGAAUUUGUGCAAUUAUUAUAAGUAGUAUAAUAAUAGUACUAUCAUAGCUCACUAUUUUUUUUAAUAUCAUUGUUUGGCUUUCUGUGUACAUGCGUACUUGCGUAGUUCGACAAUUUCUUUGUUUACUUGGCUGUGACAAUCGAGUUUCUGUUAAUCUAUUGCUCUUAGAGACAUAGGCGCCAUCAUUAUAUUUCAAAUAUUUAUAUUUUCCCAUUACUGUUUUCAUUAUUAUUAUGAAUGUCAUAAUCAUGACUUUCAAUUGCCGUGUUACAAGUUGUAUAAAUCCUCGAUACUGUAUUUGCUGAAUGUUUUGUUAUGUUAUUUAAUGUGAAUAUGUGUAGGAUCUAGUUGUCAGUUUGACAGUUAUAAUCACUGUAACGCCUGGCACAAAUUUGCAUUAACCCAGGUUAGCAUGUCAUAUUAAUAUAACGCUACGGAGUUUAAAAGUCUCAGUGGUCUAGUGAUUAAGUGCUCGCUCCCGAGACUGAUAGGUCCUGAGUUCGAAUCCCGCGGGGCGGGAUCGUGUAUGUGUGCUGUUGAGGAGUCCCACAAUAAUAAGUAACGGCCUUCCACGAAGUUUAAAAAGAAACGGAUAGCAAAUGAAUUGAAAUUAUUCUGAUGGCAAUGAUUAUGAGAAAGAUUGAAUCUUGAGAGUAUUGUUCAAGAAGACGAAUUAAAAUAGUGUACAUUAAAGAAUAUUGGUAUAAAUGAGCAUCAAAAUGAAUUUAUACCAAUAUAAAGGAAUACUGGAACUAAAAAUCUUCAGUAAUGUAACCAAUAAAUAGAUCUGCACCAUUGUGAUUGAUUCUUAAUCAUGUCACUUAACGUUUCGAACCGCUGACUGUAAUUAUCGUCUUCAUCUGUGCUAGGUUUGAAGUGGUUACGAGUUCAAUUAGUCUGUGAACGAAAAAAAGACUUGUGAACAAAGACCAAUGAACUAUCUAUUCUAUUGCGUCCCAGCCCUACUAACUAGAGAGACAAGUCGAAGUCCGAACAGGGAAGUAUAUUUCUCAAAAAACCAGAAGUACGAGCUAAAACAACAGACACAAAUCAAAACGUAUAUAUACAGCACAAAACCGUCCUUGGGAAGCGUUACAAAAUAGCAUACUAAAAGACACAACGGACCAAUAGCGUUUAAGAUUCUCCCAAAUGGGAAAUACAACAUGAGGCUGAAGAGAGCGCUUUUGGCGCGAAACCAAAAAAUUCAAAUUUUCAAAAUAAAAUUACAAAAUUAGGACCAUUUUCAAGUGAGUUCUGGGGAUCUAACGUCCCCAACAACCUGUAAGCAUAGCUCAGAUAAACAGUCAAUGAUUUAAGAUAUUGAUUCUGUGUCUUGUUUUUACCACCCUCAAAGAACCUAUUUGAAAUUAUAUUUAAUCUCAACUUUAAUUGAAACUAAAAUUGUGGACUUUUAAAUAACCGAUUUGUGAUUUAUAUUUAGUGUUAUCGGUCAGUAACUUAAGCACUGACAACAAUGCUUAAGUUCUAUUGAUCUAUAGUUUUCUCACAUAACAUUGUACUAAGACAUGUCGAGGCUUGUCUUUAGUGAACAUAAAAUCAUCAUUAUUGAGAUUUAUGAAAAUUGCUUUAUUCAUAAUUAUCACCUCAGAUUGUUAGUUAGUCAGUCAUACAAAACGUAGAGCCUAAUAAUAUGUAUUUCGGUUCAUUACAUUAGGACACUGAAAUCAGUCACAGACUAUUAAAAGUAGUAGCAGUGUCAAUGGUCCUGGAAAAGAUUAGGAAUAACCAAUAUGAUUCGAGAGAAAAUAAUGAAUUCAUGGGAUAAAUAAGAAAAGACAAUAUGAUUUUGAAUCUCAGGAUGCUAGAAAAGACAAGAGUGAACACAUCGAUAACAUUACGACCGAUUCAGAAACAUUUCAUUCAUCGUCUCUAAUCUUUUGUUAUUAUAACCAUGCAGAUCUCAAUUAGGUAAUCAGAGUCUACUAACUCAGCUAAGUUCAACAAACGAUAGU